AUGGUGGAUCUAGCUCAGGUUGGUCCCCGCUUCACUUGGACGAAUUGCCAAGAUGAUAAUCCAAUCAGUAAGAAGCUCGAUCGUGUUAUGGUGAAUAGCUGUUGGUUGAAUAAAUUUCCGCAAUCAUACACCACAUUUGAGUCUGGUGGUGUCUUUGAUCACUCGCGUAUGCACAACUUGCUUCGAGCGGCCCCGCAAGGCAACUUGAAGCCGUUCAAGUUCUUUAACCACACGAUAAAUCACCCUAGAUUCUUGGAAGUGGUAGGGCGAGUAUGGAACGAGUCGGCACCCAUCUUUCAUUCUCGAACUGCUUUAAAGCGUCCGCAAGAGAAACUGAAAUCAUUAAAGUUUGAGCUGCGAGGUCUCAACAGAGAUAAGUAUGGUGAUAUCCCUGGGAGGAUGAAGCAGGCUUAUACUGACUUGUGCGAGAAGCAGAAUGCAGCAAUGAUGGAUCCUCAGUCAUCUACGUUUGAAGCAGCGUCGGAUGCAUGGGAACAUUGGCAUCACAUCUCAGGUAUUGAAGAACAAUUCUUCUACCAAAAAUCCAGAGUCCAAUGGCUGGGAUUAGGGGAUAGGAACUCCAUAUUUUUCCACAAGGUAACCCAAAGUCUGAAUGUAAGUAAUACUAUCAGGAGGAUAGUCACAGCAGAUGGGCACAUACUUACCUCAUUGCCGGAGAUUAAAAGCGAAGCAGUAAAUCAUUUCGAAGAAUUCUUAAAUGGUUCUCAUGAGACGGGGAUGAAUGUAACUCAGGAGGAGAUUCGAGAAUUAGUGGACUAUAGAUGCUCAUUUGAGGAAGCUGCCUUGCUUAUGAAGCUGGUUACAGAGAUGGAGAUUAAGGACAUAUUGUUCUCUAUCCCGCAAACAAAGCCCCGGGGCCUGAUGAAUUUUCCAUGGAAUUUUAUAGUUUUUGGGAAGGACGUAGUGGCUGCAAUACAAUUGUUUUUCAUAUUUGGCUUCAUGCCUCAUAGUGUAAACGCCACCUUAUUAUCACUGGUUCCUAAGUCUGCAGAUGCGGAGAAGAUGAGUGAUUACAGACCCAUUGCCUGCUGUAACGUCAUCUACAAGGUGAUCUCUAAGCUUCUUGCCAGACGUUUGAAAGCUACCCUGCCAGAGGCAAUUGAGCUGAAUCAGUGUGCUUUCGUCGAGGGGCGAUUGCUUUUGGAAAAUGUCUUACUAGCUACUGAGUUGGUCAAGGACUAUCACAAGCUGUCGGUUUCCUCUCGAUCAGCUAUUAAGCUUGACAUCUCUAAGGCUUUUGACACUAUCAGAUGGUCCUUCAUUGAAGACACCCUGAGAGCUAUGAACUAUCCGGAUCUGUUUGUUACAUGGAUCAUGAGACAUAUUGACACGGCAACAUUCUCUGUGUCUGUGAAUGGAGAAUUAGAGGGUUUCUUCUCAAGCUCGCGUGGAGUUCGACAAGGCUGCUCACUGUCACCCUAUAUCUAUGCCAUUGUAAGCAAUGUUCUAUCUAAACUCCUCAACAAGGCUGCUGUGGCGGGGCAGAUUGGGUAUCACCCUCAGUGCAAGGAAGUUAACUUUACCCAUCUAAGCUUCGCUGACGAUAUCGUCGUCUUCACUAAUGGAUCUCCGGAUUCGCUCAAGGGUACAUUGCUGGUGUUUGAGGAAUUUGCGCAUAUGUCAGGCUUCGUAUCAAUGCUGCUAAGUCCACGAUCUUCGCUGCAGGCAGAGGCAAGGCGGCUCUUGAGAGUGAAGCAGCACUUGCUGUCAAAAUCACUAUGGGUUCAGUGGGUGAAACAAUAUCUACUUCGCCAUGAUACUUUUUGGGAUGCUAAAGAUACUGUCAUAGGGUCUUGGGUCUGGAGGAAACUUCUGAGAUAUCGGCCGUUGGCUAAGCAGUUUAUUAGAAUGAAUAUUCAAGAUGGGUGUACUGUAAGAUUCUGGACAGACAUUUGGCACCCUAAAGGCAGAUUGAUUAAAGCUAUGGGAGAGAUUGGAACCCAGAAGUUAGGGAUUGUGAGAAAUGCGAAGAUAUGUGAUGUUUUGGUAGAUGGUGAUUGGAGAUUCCGCAGAUGUCGUGAUCCUAAUUUUCAGGCGCUUAUUGCAAACAUCAAAGAGCUUCAGGUGCAGCUUGUGGGAAAUUACUCAGAUACAGCCCUUUGGUGGAAGGGUGAGGACUCUUACGAUGAUAGAUUUAUCUCCACUACUACAUGGGAUCUGAUACGGGUCCGACGUGACAGAGUGGACUGGAGUAGGCUGAUCUGGUUUUCGCAGGGUGUUCCACGGUUUGCAUUCAUCACCUGGCUAGCUCUCAGGGAUAGACUGUCUACUGGUCAUCGAACUAGUCAAUGGGGGUCAUCCUCAAAGCUGCCUCUAUUGUGGUGA